UGUCUUGUUUAUCAGAAUUCGUCGUCACCGACCGGAAUCUGUCAUUUUCAAUCGCGAUCCGCCGUUUUUAAUCGGGUUCCGGCAUUCGCGAUCAGUAAGAGAGGCUCAUCAUUACUUGCGACUGGAAAGCGCGUAGUCUCUCUUGGAAGUAGCGUUCCCGACAAAUAAUUGAUCAUUUGCUAGAGGAGACGUUCUUAUAUCGCUUGCAACGGUCGUCGUCAGUUUAAUCCCGUAGCCGCUUAUGGCCCGACGAAAGCCGCCAGAGCCGCAAUCGCAGGCGGACGAAGCCUCGCGACGUGUGCGAACGAGAUCCAUGUCGCGCGGAGUCGCCAGCAGCCAUGCGACGCCCGCAACCAGCACCUUCGCUUCAAGAAGCGGAGGGCAUUCAGGAGGAUGCACCCGCGAAUAUCGCAAGCGACGAGAUCGCACCCGACGUCGCAUGGACAGGCGAUGAGGAGCCAAGCGACGCAAGGGUCCAGAGGGGGCUUGUAGAUCGUACGGCUGAUGAUCGUGCGGAUGACAAUAGCGCUGAUCGUACGGCUGGCGAUGGCGCUACGGCUGGCACGGCUUCUGGACAGGCUGGCGCUGACUCGGAACACGUUGGCGGAGGUGGUGCCAGCGUGGACGCGGGUGACGUGGCGCGCCGUCGAUUCCUCUCGAUCGCACGGCGGAGAGCCGCCCAUUUCGCCCACUUCGACGAUUCCUCCCGCCUCUCCUCCGCUCCCCGCGCGGGCGUGCGUGAACCCCCUCCCGCUGCCCGCGCGUCCGCCCCCUCCGCUUCGGCCCAGGCGGGUGCCGCGGAACGCGCUGCUGGCUCCGACGCGCCCGCGCCUGCUUUGGCUGGGGGGGAAGGAGGACCAGGGGGGGGCAACAGUGCGGGGGGAGGGGGUCGGGGGGGACGCAGGGAGGGGGGAGCAGGUCGGGGGGAGGCGGGGGAGGCGGAGCAUUGGCCGGGCCCGUUUGCCACCGCGAGGCAGCUGGUGCGGGGGAGAGCCGCGGCUGCAGCCGCCAGGCAGGCGCAAGGGGGCGCGGGGGCGCGCACAGGGGGAAGCGCGGCGGGGGAGGUGGAAAAAUCGGAGGGGAGAGCAGGAGCCGGCGCUGGCGCUAGCGCGGUUGUAGCCGGGGGGGUUGUAGCAUGGACUCCCAAAGCUAGGGUUCCAGAUCUGGCUUUAACAGAUUCUAAACAGCAAGGCGGAGUGAAAGAUUGGCGGAUAGGCACAGGAGGGAGUGGGGGAGGCGGGGGAGGGGGGGGAGGGGGGAGAGGUCCGCGGAGCCUCUACUCGUUAUGCCUGGAGCUAGUAGCGACGCAUAUAGAUGGGUUGGAGUCGGUGGAGGGGGUGCCUGACGCGGUGAGGAGGGACCUGAGUGCGUGCCUGAGCGCUCAGAGGCGGCUGGACGGGCGAGUGCUGCACCUGCUGCUGGAAGGAGUGGCGACGGAGCUGAGUGUUGCUGACUGUUCGUUGGUCAGUGAGGCGGAUCUGAAGAGCGCUCUCAGCACCUGCAAUGCCGCCAACCUGGAGCUCUUUCAUCUCUCCAUGUGUGGUCGAAGCCUCUCCGACGCCUGUCUCACCACCACACUCCUACACAGCCCUACCACCCUCCCCGCCCUCCGCUCCCUCGCCCUGCAAGGCGCAUACCGCCUCUCCGACGCCUCCCUCCCCCCUCUCGCCCUCGCCGCGCCUGCCCUCGCGCACCUCUCCCUCCUCCACUGCCCGCUCCUCUCCUCCCCUGCAGUUUCCACCCUCAUCUCCUCCCUCUCCUCCUCGCUCAAUACCCUCCGUCUGGACGGCUGCUGCCAGCUGGACGCUGCUGUGCUGCUCCUGGGGAUGAAGCAGCUGACAGGGCUGUCCUGCCUGUCGCUGGCUGGACUGUCUUCGGUGUCUGACGCUGUACUGAGCGAGCUUCUCCCUGCAAUCGGCUCCAACCUGAAGGAGCUGUCCCUGGCACACUGCGAAGAAAUAACAGACGCAUCAGUGGCAGCAGCAGCAGCCAACGCACCGUCCCUAACCGCUCUAGACCUCUCGCACCUUCCCCUCCUCACUGACGCCUCCCUCCACUCCCUGUGCUCCGCCCAACUCAAGCUUCGCUCGCUCAACCUCACUCGAGCCAGCUUCAGUGACGCUGCUCUCGCGGCACUCAUCCAGGCCUCAGGCGCCGCCCUGCAGAUCCUCUCGGUCAACGCAGUUUAUGAGGCAGGAGACGGUCUGCUUAUCUCUCUGGCGCGCUGCUCCCACGAAUCUCUCGAGUCUCUGGACGUGUCGUGGUGCCGCUCCGUGUCCAACCACGCUCUCGGCCUGCUUGCCGAUUCUUGCCCCAACCUCUCCAGACUCUGCCUCUACGGCUGCUCCCAGGUGACUGAUGUGUUCUACCUCGGGCAUAGCAACCCUCGUCUGCACCUGAUUGGUCAAGUGGGAAUGGUCAUCAACUGACCAGCGCUGCUUGCCAUGCCGCUCCAUAUUCCUCGUGUUGUGUAUACCUCGCCUCGCAUCACAUACUCCUGUGCAGGGGUUUGACGAGCUGCCUGGUUGGUCAAGUGGGGCUGAUGAGGGUUGCUUGCUUGCCGUGCCGCUCCUGGUCCAUACUUGCCGUGUCGUGGUUAGGUCUCCCUGUAUAGAUCUCUUUGUAUCAUGUGUGUUUGUGUUGGACAUCCAGGUGCUUGAUGUGUGAUACCUUGGCCUGGUCACUGGCACUAGGUCUAAGGAAGCACACACAAUGCGUCUCACAUUUGCAUGCAGGUCAGCAUAGUUGCUUUCAUAGUAGAGAGUUAUUCGCCCUGUAAACG